GUGAAAGAUACUGUUUCUGCGCUCCAUAUAAAUCCUUUAUGUGGAAUCCCGAAAUUAAUUAUCGUAAUAACACCAAGCUAAAGCUUUUUCAUCAUGAGAUUUUCCCAAGAAAAUGUAAAGUGUCUUCAAAGAUCCUAAUUAAACAGCAUUUGAAUGCUCAUUACAGAAAUAUUCAGUCCGUAAAAGGUAAAUUUUUACCUAUAAUACAGCUUUCCAAAGCCUAUGUCGACAAUACGGCACCUUAUUCAUUUUCACACAAUCCAACCACCAAGGGUUAUCUGAAGUCAUACAGAGGAGCUGGUAGAAGAUCCUUUUCAACCAGACCGGAAUCAAAUAGUCUCUGCAAUCUGAACGCUGUAAUAUUUUUCAGUUUUGCGAUAUAUUGUUAGAUAAAUACAUUUUCAGAUGAUCCUGAAGUUGAUAGAAUUGUGAGAAAAUUUGUCCUUGAUAGUAACGAUAAACCUAUGGAACCAAUGGGAUUAGAUGAGCAUCAUUCGGAAGUUGUUGGCAAUAAAAAUACAUGCGAGAAAUGUGAUUGUUCAGAUGGAGAACCUAUAAUCUUACGAAAGUUGGAUAUAGAUUGCUUUAGCACCAAAACUGUUCAUCGAAGGCAAUCAUUGAGCACUGAUGUUUUAGAUAUCCACCGGGAUAAGUUUACUAGUCCUAAACCAUUUUCUCCAAGAACAAUGAAAUCAAAUUUCUCAUCCAAACUUAUUGGUUUGCGGUGUUACAAUCCACCUAAAAGAAUUAGUCGUCAUCAGUCUGAUUCAAAAGUUCUUUUGGAUGUUAAACCUGUGAUACACUUCAAAAAACCAGCCGGAACCUGUACAACAAAUUCAGAUAUGGAGGCAAUUAACAAUACGAAACAUGAAGAAUCGAAUACAGAUAGAGGAGAAACCACUUUCUCUCAUUUAAACAAGAGAAUAUCUAAUUAUUCAUCUAAACAUAUCCUGUCAUCUUCUCAUAACAAACGUAUUUCACGAAGAAAUCGACAAAAUCAAUCGAUGCCUACUGAGUAUAUUGGUGGACUGCAUAAUUUUGGUAAAGUUAAACAGUGGCUAAACACACUACCUGGUAAUAGUACAGUCCAUAAACCAGAGAUUGCUACAUCCACGCAAUGUGAUGAAGAGAAACUGGAAAAGUCGUUUACAGAGAAAAACGUUUAUACAGAUGAUACAGUUAAACAAAUGCUGAAUAAACCAACUGGGAAUGAAGCAUCAAUUGAAAAUUUAAAGAAUGAAGUCAACUAUUUGAAAUUUGUAUCUUCUGUUACGGACGAUGUAUUAACACGUGGCGUUCUUACUGAUAAAAAUGUCAAUACCAUUCUACAUGAACAUGCAACUAUAAAUGAAUAUGGACUGUCAAAAGAUCAAAUAAAAAAUGCACUUCAACAUAUUAGAACACAAUUAAAUGUAACGAAUGAAGUGACAAAUACUACUCCACUUACUACUGAUAUGAGUCAUUUACUGAAUUCUAGUUCUUUAGACUUACUAUUCCAUAAUAAUGAGACGAUAAAUAAUGUAGAAAAUGAAAAGAGUCUUGUACAACAACGACAACACCAAAACCAACCAACUGUCAGUUAUAAGACCAUAUUAGAUAUCAAACCAUUAUGUAAAUCUACUUCAUCAUUAUUGUCGGUACCUUGCAAUCAAAGUCAUCAGUCAAAUAAUCGUUUAUCAAUGACAACAACACCGACAACAAAAACAACAACUUCAAUAACUAUUAGACCAAAUCAAAGCAUUAAUAUUCCAAAAGAUGUUCAGGAAGUAUUUCAACAUUUAAUGAAUACAAAUGAUACUGAUGCAGUGGAUGGAAUAAAUAAUAAUAUAUUGUUUCAACAUGAUUCUGAAUCAAAAAAAGAUAAAUGUUUAGUUAACCAAAACCAAAAUGUUUAUGUGGAAAAAUUGGUUGAUAAACAGAAUCUAUCAUUAAACAAAUAUGACACUAAUGAUGAAUAUAUUGAAGCAUGUCACAAACAUCACUGUGAAGACAAAAUUCACGAAGACACAAAAAAUUAUGAAAAUACUUUAAAUAACCAAUUUAAUGCUUUAUUGGUUUCUAAUAUCACCACUAAUCCAACUGUUACAACAAAUAACAAUUCUGUCAAUAAUUCAACACUAUCGAAUUCACUGAAAUUAAUACAACAAACAAAAUCUAAUGAAACAUUUAAUGAUUUGCAGAUUCAAUCUAAUCCUGUAGAUGCAAAAUCUCACUUGAUAAUUGGAGAUGAUUCUAUCGAUCAUAAUGAUGACGAUAAUAAUGAUGAAAAGGAUGAAGAAAAGCAUAAUUCACGUCAGAAUCAUGUGAAAUUUGCAUCAGAAGCUGAAUUUUUCUCACCUUCAUAUUGUAGUGAACAGGCAACUUCAAUAAGCAGUUUCACUGAUUUAUCUCAUCUAUCUAACUUUACUACUAUUACAACAACAACAACAACGACAACUGUCAAUAUUAGUCCUAGUAUAACUGAUACUACUAAGUUUGAUCUAUAUACUUCACCUGGAACAAUGACUACAAUUUUAAAUACGUCAUCUUUACAAAUUUCCAAUUUAAACAAUGACAUAGAUAAUAUUAAUAAUUUUCAAAUGUAUAAGGAAUUUUUAGAUUUAGAAACUAAAGGGGAUAAUAACAAAGAACAAGAAACAUUAUGUAAUAGAUGA